AUGUCCAAUUCAAGAAUCUCGCAACCAAUACUUACAGCUGAGAAAUUGUGGCCGGGCGGAAUUCCAGAGUUCGUUCGUGUUCAUCCAACUGACGACUUGAUCGAUGGCCCUGAAGAAUGGAAUUGGAAGAAUUGGACAAUAGAAUGUAAAGGAUGGUGCCAGUUUGUUGAGGAGGAGUGGGUUCCAAUGACUGAUCUCAAUGAGGAAAUGCGACAAAGACGGAAGCUCAUCGAAAGAUGGGCCUCCGCGGAUCAGGCCUUUCGAGAUUCUUUUCAUGCGCGCUCUCCUGAACGAGAGUCAGCAUUGGACUAUCCUGCACAUCUUCUUUCGGAAGAAGGACUAGAUGAACAGCCCUUCGUCUGUCUCGCUUCGGUGGAUAAGGAGCUCUAUCCCGACAACUAUAUACGAUUUGUCAAGAACCUCAUUCUUUUAUAUCUACACGAUAAUCAAGGAGGAGGCUACCAUCCGAUGUCUCGGAGAGACUGGAAGAGGGACCCAUCCCCUACAAUUCCGGAUAUCUUGAUUGAUUCAUCUACAACCCCGGAUUAUAUUAAGUUCUUCUCUCAUCACGAUUUAUUGAUUAACCUCUACCUACAUCCAGCUGAUUUCCGUGCUGUUUCCAUGACCCGACUGGGAACAGUUGUUUUCCCUCACGAACGCUCAAAUUCAAUCUACACUGUGAUCGACCAGGAUAAUCUGGAUCUAGGGCGUGUGGCGGUGAUGACAUUCAAACCUAAUGGAAAGAUAGGAGAAUACGCUAAUGUCUUUGCGUGGAAUUUUGCCUGGAUGGACUCUUAUCACUAUGGACUUGGCUGGGGUUAUGAUCUGCUGUUUAAUGGGGAGGACUGUAAUUAUGCAACCCCCUAUUGUAACGAACCUGUCAAAAUGGACGACCCCCUCAUGUGCAUUGUGGACUCUCUUAUACAAAGAAGAAAUCUCAAUAGUUUUGGUUCUCGCUCAGAAGAGUGGGAGGACGAAAUCCAAAGGUUGGCACCAGGAUAUCUCGCAUUAGAAGCUCAGGGACGAGAAGUUGAGUUUGAUUUGGCGGACUUGUGGAACGAAGAAGGCUUGUGCUACAAUCACUAUACACUGGAGCAGAAAAAACAUUACCGGGAGACUGGAUCAUAUUUCAUGCCCCCUCGUCGCUUCAUACCUCCUUCCCCCAAGCCUGUCCCGGCGACCACCCUCCCACCACCUUCCGGUGCUCUUGGGAUGUCCUUUCAUCAACUCUUUCAAGACAAACUUGGGGUAAAAGCCGACAAGAAGUGA